CAGUACUCACACGACGUUUGAACGGAGAAGAAGAAAGCAGCGGAAGUAGAUGAGAUGGUUUCGUUUCCGAGUGACCUACUUAGCUUCUGCUGUUAGCAUCAUUUAAUAAUCUUUAUGUCCGACAAUGGACUCAGCCGCUCUUAAUUUAGCGGUUUGUAUUUUUUUGAUGUCCAGUUUCUGAUUGUCAGACUCAAAACCAGAGGCGGGACAGACUGCGAGCUUGUUUGUUAGCCACUCUGAUUCAGCCAGCGAUUAAAAUGAGUUAUCAAACAUCAGCUGCGCUAUAAAUCCAGUCUGCGUUCAUGUUAGCCGCCUGGCUGAUAAACAUUUAGCUGUCUCGGCUCGGCUCGGUUCACUCUCAAAGCUCCCUUGGAUGUUCAGUGUGUCAGGAAGUGACUCCUCAGCCCCAUGUCUGCUGAGGCUUCAGUUGGCAGUGAUGCUGCUGACUCUGUCCAGUCUGCCGUUUCCCAGCCCGCCUUCCACAACACAGACGAGCUCAGAAAUCGAGGUCUGCUGGGGAGCAAGUAUGUCAAAUUAAAUGUGGGCGGCUCGCUGCAUUAUACAACCGUCCAGACGUUAAGCAAGGAAGACAGCCUGCUGCGGAGCAUAUGCAACGGAGGAACGGAGGUUAACAUAGACUCAGAAGGUUGGGUAGUGUUGGAUAGGUGUGGCCGACAUUUUGGACUUGUUUUGAACUUCCUCCGAGAUGGCUCCGUACCGCUUCCAGAGGAACACCGAGAACUGGACGAGGUUCUGAAGGAGGCUCAGUACUAUCGGGUCCAAGGACUCGUCCAGCACUGCCUCAGUGCCAUGCAGAAACAAAAGGAUGUCUUUGAAACUGUGUGUCGUAUCCCGAUGAUCACUUCAGCCAAAGAAGAACAGAAGAUGAUUGCUACCUGUAGAAAGCCGGUAGUAAAAUUGCAGAACAACAGAGGAAACAACAAGUACUCUUACACCAGCAACUCUGAUGACAACCUGCUGAAGAAUAUCGAACUGUUUGACAAACUUGUGCUACGAUUCAAUGGCCGCGUCCUGUUUGUCAAAGACGUGCUUGGGGAUGAAAUCUGCUGUUGGUCUUUCUACGGUGAAGGACGCAAGAUUGCUGAAGUAUGCUGCACCUCCAUUGUCUAUGCCACAGAGAAGAAGCAGACCAAAGUCGAGUUUCCUGAGGCUCGAAUCUUUGAAGAAACCCUCAAUAUUCUUAUUUAUGAGAACGGCAGAGGAUCUGGUCCAGGAGGAUUACACCUUUUAGAUUCAAGAGGCUCAGGGUCAUCACUGGGAGCUGGAGGAUCGGAGGAAGAGGGCGCCGUGGGGGGCGACAGGCGAGUAAGACGGAUCCAUGUGAGGAGGCAUAUAAUGCAUGACGAAAGAGGGCACGGUCAGCAAACUGUGUAUAAGGACUAAUAAUGUGAAAACGUAAGACAUGGGAGAGUGACUUCACGUACGUUCAUGUUCUGUUGGAUGCUAGCAGAAUGAAAGAGGUCCUUGAUCAUAGCAAUAGCUUGGUAGCUAGUUAGUAAUAUGUCACUGCAGACAUGUAGGGGUUGACGACUUAUUUGUAACUGAAGUUAGAGUUGUCUGGAGAUGAAAAAUGCUUCUGUUUACAAGAAAACAUUUUGUACAUUAUUUAAAUAGGAAAUGUAUAAAAAAAACACCUGGGACAUAAAACUGGCAUAAAUAUUACUUUGCAUAUGUUAAGGAAAAGUUACUGAAUUACAGGUGGCUUUCAUUCCUAGAGCAGACAGUCUGCUGUGUAUGUGGGUGAUAUACACUGGUACCCUCCCUCUGUUUGACUCGUAGGAAACACUGUGUCUGUCUGUUUAUUCGGGUUGUGAAACAUCUGUUGCCUUUUCAUAAAUUGGACUGAUAUAUGCUGCCUGACAGUGAUGAACAGAGGACGGUCAAGUUUAGCUUCGACCUGUUAACACUGGAAUAAAACUGAGUCGUUUUUAGUGAGGUUGAAUGAGAUUGUUGAUUGUUGAGCAGCUCCAUUUUUUUUUUUUGUUUAAAUUAUUACUGCUGUUGCUUCAAGAUGUUUUUUUUUUUUUUUAAUUAAUUUAUGAACCUAAUUUAUUGUUUGGUAUUUAACGUAUGCAAUCUUUGUGUUAACUAGUGCUCAAGUGAGUUUUAAUUUUUGGAAUGAUACGAUGCACUCAAUGGCACACGUCAGAUUUUGAAUUUACUCCUGUAAAUUACUCAAUUGUGAAGUUACAUUUCAAUUUAAAUGUUUCAAAAGGAACCGUGACCAUUUCUUUGAUAUUCUCUUUUAUUCUGAGCCAUGAUCUUUCACUCUCGCUUUAUGUCUUACACCAAACCACUGUCGUUUGCUUAAAGAAAUUGGCCAUACAGUGAUGAUAAAGGUAAUUAAUACUGGGUUGUAUUUUUAUUUCCCUCAGGGAGAGGAUAGUAUUUUCUGUCUAAUAUUCACCAGUGUCUUGUGUAAAUCUAAUCACUAUGAAUACUGAAAAGGAAAUAUUGAAUGAGAGCAAUAUGUAUCUCAGACCCUUUAUAAAAUCAUCUUGGAAUACCUUUUAAAAUAUGCACUAAUAACUUCCGUCCAAUAGUGGUCAUGGGAAUGUUCUGAAUAAAUUAAUUUUGAAAUCCAA